AAAGUCCAAUCUUGGUGAUAAGCAUCUUACAAUAGUACCAACAUUCCAUUAUUCCAAAGCAUAAAAAGCCCUAUCAAGACACAAAGAUUAUAGAAAAAAAAAAAAAAAAACUUAGCCAAAAAAAAUGAGUACUCCUAAGCAAAUGGAGCAACAACAACAACAACAAGUUGUAAAGAUGAAAAAUUCAGGUAUUAUAAGCUACAACAGUAGCCCGAUGAUCGACGAUAAAGAUGAAGAGAUGACACGAUCAGCACUGUCUGCAUUUCGCGCUAAGGAGGAAGAGAUCGAGAGGAAGAGAAAAGAAGUUUCCGAUAAGGUUCAAGCUCAAUUAGGCCGCGUUGAGGAAGAAACUAAGCGUUUAGCUGAAAUUCGCGAGAAGCUUGAAACGUUUGUUGAUCCAGCUGGGAAGGAAGUAACAAUUGUGAGGAAGAAAGUUGACUUGGUAAAUCGUGAAUUAAAGCCAUUGGGUCAAAGUUGCCAAAGAAAGGAAAAGGAAUACAAGGAAGCACUUGAUGCAUUCAAUGCAAAAAGCAAGGAAAAAACUCAACUAAUUACCAAAUUAAUGGAGUUGGUAAGUGAAAGUGAAAAUCUGAGGAUGAAGAAAUUGGAGGAGCUGAGCAAGGAUAUAGAAUCUCUGCGUACAUAGUGAAAUUUUUAGUGCAUCGAAUUGUCUUUUUUAAUUGAAGUUACUCUCACAUUGGACUUUAUAGUUUGUUACAUUUUGGUGUUUGUUAUUAUUAUAAUUUUUUUUUUUCGGUUUGAAGUUUGACAAGUGAGGUCUAAUUUGACAUCCUUAAAAGGAUCAAUGAUGUUUGGUAUUUUCUAAUUUGAAUUUCAGAUGUAAAUUGUGGAGAUUUAUUUACUUUGUAUGAUCAUAAAUUCAUGGACUUCCCUUCAUGAAUUUCACUAUAUUGAACUGAUGUUUUUCUA